AGCGAAGCCUGUGCAGCGACCACGGAUCGUUUUACGCGAGAAAAUCAAUCUUACAUCAGAGAAGAACAGAGUGAACAACACAUCGUGUACCUGUGAGAAGACAGCAAAACGGACGAAUCUCUGUACGGAAGGACGAAAACGCGAAGUGAUCAACCUGCUUUCAGUGCCGAUGCGUGCAUCACCAGUGGGACGUAUAGAGUCGCUACAUUCUAACAUUGAGCUCGCCUUUUUUUAAAGCUUUGACAGCGCCUGGAUGUGUCAUAUAAUAGAGAUUUGUUGUAGGGCAAUAAUGUACAAUAUGCAUGCAAUGAACUCCGUGUACAUGCAUGCACUGGAGCUUUCUCAGCACAGAGACGGUGUUUGUGCUUUAGCUGCCGGUGGACUCCUCUGAUAUGUAGCGGAUUCCUGCAGCUCGUAGCUUCACGGAGGAUCGUUGUGAGAGGAGCAUUGUAAAGGAUGACAGUAGUUGCAUUUCACUGUAACUGGUGCAAUUCUUAUUAUUUAAAACUGUGAUUGUGACUCAUACUAGAUGUCUCGGGGAUGAAAGAUGUGUGCAAACUUAUUUGUUUCAUCUUAUAUGAGCUGUGAUAAGCUUCAGUCUGACAGUCUGGGCUUCUUCACUGUCUCUAAGCUGGACUUCUCAUUCAGCAGAUCCCACCACAGAGCAGCCCUGUCAGUUUCCAUCACACUCUAAUUGCCAGGGUCGAGCACUUUUAUAUACUUGGAUUGUGAUUUUUAUUUUUAUUUUUCGAGUCAAGAGAAGAUUUCUAGCAGGCUUUCAUUGAAGACCCUGACUAAAACAGCAGUUGAUCACUUCGUUUUUCUGCUGAUGUUAAAAACAGCCGACACAACGCCAAGCAUUUCGGUUUAGUAGUAAAUUGACUCUCGCUGAAAGCCACGCGAGAGUGGUGCGUCUUCUCGCCCUCGUCACCUGGAAACCACAGGAGCCCACGAGACACUCCGACAGGUGACCCCGGACACGCGCCAUGGAUGAUUCCGGGAUCAUCCGAAGAAGGAGGCUGCAGAAGGAUCUACCUCUGCCAAGGAAAAGUAGCAGCUGCCGAACCAGUAACAGGAAAAGCCUCAUCCUGACCAGUACGUCGCCCACUCUGCCACGGCCGCACUCUCCACUGCCAGGACACAUAGGAAGCAGUCCGUUGGACAGCCCUCGCAACUUCUCACCGAGCGGACCUGCCCAUUUUUCCUUUGCCUCUUCUCGCAGGGCUGAUGGUCGUAGAUGGUCCUUGGCUUCCCUGCCUUCCUCAGGAUAUGGCACCAAUACACCCAGUUCAACGUCAUCCAGCUCCUCCCAGGAGCGGUUGCAUCAGCUGCCCUUCCAGCCAACUAUGGACGAGUUGCACUUCCUGUCAAAGCACUUUGGCAGCACAGAGAGCAUCACGGAUGAUGACGGGGGCCGACGGUCGCCGCACGUCCGCCCUCGCUCCCGAAGCCUCAGCCCCGGGCGCUCUCCCUCCUGCUAUGACAAUGAAAUAAUGAUGAUGAACCAUGUCUACAAGGAGCGCUUCCCCAAGGCCACAGCUCAGAUGGAGGAGAGGCUGGCAGAGUUCAUCCACAGCUAUUCUCCAGAGAGCGUCCUGCCCCUGGCCGAUGGGGUCCUAAGCUUCAUCCACCACCAGGUAGCUGAGCUGUCCAGGGACUGCCUGACCAAAUCACGCGAGGGUCUCAUCACCAGCGUCUACUUCUGUGAACUGCAGGAUAACCUGGAGAAGCUGCUGAAUGAUGCUUAUGAGCGCUCAGAGAGUCCGGAGCUCACCUUCGUCAUUGAGCUCUGCAAAAAGCUCUUCAUCAUCAUAUCUCGUCCCGCCAGGCUCCUCGAGUGUUUGGAGUUCAACCCUGAAGAGUUUUACCAUCUGCUGGAGGCAGCAGAGGACCACGCCAAGGAGGGGCAGCUGAUGAAGGCGGACAUCCCUCGAUACAUCAUCAGCCAGUUGGGGCUGACCAGAGACCCACUGGAAGAAAUCGUGAGCCUUGACAGCUACGACAGUGAGGGUCCACAGACUCCAGAGACCGAUGACUCAGCAGAGGGAAGAGGGCGAGCCUUCAAGCCACCGAGUGAAGAAGAUUUUCAGAGCAUCAAACUGAUCAGCAACGGAGCUUAUGGUGCGGUCUACCUGGUGCGCCACAGAGAGACACGUCAGCGCUUUGCAAUGAAGAAGAUCAACAAGCAGAAUCUGAUCCUGAGGAAUCAGAUCCAGCAGGCAUUUGUGGAGAGAGACAUCCUCACCUUUGCCGAGAAUCCAUUCGUUGUCUCCAUGUUCUGCUCGUUUGAAUCGCGGAGACAUCUGUGCAUGGUCAUGGAAUAUGUCGAGGGUGGAGACUGUGCUACUCUGUUGAAGAACAUCGGGGCUCUGCCUGUGGAGCUGACCAGGAUGUACUUUGCUGAGACAGUUUUAGCCCUGGAAUACCUGCACAACUAUGGCAUCGUCCAUAGAGACCUCAAACCUGACAAUCUACUGAUCACCUCCAUGGGACACAUCAAGCUUACAGACUUCGGCUUGUCGAAGAUGGGUCUAAUGAGCCUCACCACCAACCUGUACGAGGGACACAUUGAAAAGGAUGCCAGAGAGUUCCUGGAUAAGCAGGUGUGUGGUACUCCCGAGUACAUCGCUCCAGAAGUGAUUCUCCGUCAGGGCUACGGGAAGCCGGUGGAUUGGUGGGCUAUGGGCAUCAUCCUCUAUGAGUUCCUUGUGGGCUGUGUGCCUUUCUUUGGAGACACUCCUGAGGAGCUGUUUGGACAGGUCAUCACGGAUGAUAUAGUUUGGCCUAACGGGGAUGAAGCCUUGCCUGCAGAUGCCCAGGACCUCAUCUCUGCCCUGUUGCAGACCAACCCUCUUCUGAGGUUGGGUACAGGUGGAGCGUUUGAGGUGAAGCAGCACGGGUUCUUCACAGAGCUGGACUGGAACAGCCUGCUGAGACAGAAAGCGGAGUUCAUCCCUCACCUGGAGUCAGAGGAGGACACUAGCUACUUUGAUACGCGCUCAGAUCGGUAUCAUCACAUCAAUACGUACGACGAGGAUGACACCAAUGACGAUGAGCCUGUGGAGAUCAGACAGUUCUCUUCCUGUUCUCCUCGCUUCAGCAAGGUGUACAGCAGCAUGGAGCAUCUGUCUCAGCUGGAGCAGAAAGCUACGACCUCUGUGUCCCGGCGGGAGCACAAGGGCCCACGGGAGGACAAGGUGACCAAGAGAGAGAGCCUGGGCAGCUUCAGCAUGAGAGACAAGAGCUGGAGGACCGGGUCCCCUGAGAUGAAGCGCCUGUCUUGUUCAGAGUCUCUCUACAUGGAUGGGGAUGCCAGCCCCCCUCUUGGUGCUCGCCGGCGCUUCUCAGCACUGAUGGAUACACAUCGUUUUGCCUCGCCUCUAGACGGUGAGCCUGACUUCCUGUCCCGCCAGGCGCCCAUCAGGGUCCGUGGAACCUCCCUGGAUGGGACGAGUGUCCCCUCCCCGAGCCUCCUUGAGCAGAGGAACAGUCUGAAGGAGAUCAACGGAGCAGACAAAUCCCCUCGACAUGGAGAGACUCCAGGAGUCACCACGGCUAUAGCCACAUUGUCCUCAAGUCCUGCAGCAGCCGGUCGUGAUGUGAUGACACCUCUGUAUGACCCUCUGGGGCCCAGGGCCACCAAUGACCUGGUCCUCCGCAGGGCGCGCCAUCAGCAUUUGUCUGGUGAGGGAGAGAAGCGCAACUCCAGGGCGGGAAACAAGGUCAUAAAGUCAGCUUCUGCCACAGCCUUGUCCGUCAUCAUACCUUCAGUGGAGCAGCAUGGCGGCUUCUCUCCGCUGGCCAGCCCCAUGUCUCCCCACUCCUUCUCCUCCAACCCCUCGUCCCGGGACUCCUCACCCAGCAGAGACUUCAGCCCGGCAGUCAGCGUACUGCGCUCUCCCAUCACCAUCCAUCGCUCUGGAAAGAAGUACGGCUUCACUCUCAGGGCCAUCAGGGUCUACAUUGGAGACAGUGACAUCUACAGCGUUCAUCAUAUUGUUUGGCAUGUGGAAGAGGGCGGCCCUGCACAGGAAGCUGGCCUGUGUGCCGGUGACCUCAUCACACAUGUCAACGGGGAGCCUGUCCACGGUCUAGUCCACACUGAAGUGGUGGAGCUCAUCCUCAAGAGUGGAAACAAGGUGACGGUGACGACCACUCCUUUUGAGAACACCUCCAUUAAAGUGGGGCCAGCUCGCAAGGCCAGCUACAAGUGUAAGAUGGCUCGACGCAACAAGAGGACCAUGGGCAAGGACGGCCAGGAGAGUAAGAAGCGUAACUCCUUGUUCCGUAAGAUCACAAAGCAGUCCAAUCUGCUGCACACCAGCCGCAGCCUCUCCUCCUUGAAUCGCUCCCUGUCCUCCAGUGAGAGUCUUCCUGGCUCUCCAACUCACAGCUUGUCUGCCCGGUCCCCGACACAGGGCUACCGCUCCACCCCUGAGUCUUCAUACCUGGGUGCCUCCUCCCAGAGCAGCUCUCCUGCCUCGAGCACCCCAAACUCCCCCGCUCCCUCUCAGCACAUGAGGCCCAGCUCCCUGCACGGCCUCUCCCCUAAACUCCACCGGCAGUAUCGCUCUGCCCGUUGUAAGUCUGCAGGUAACAUCCCCCUGUCCCCUCUCGCUCAUACUCCAUCUCCUACCCAGUCUUCUCCUCCACCGUUGCCUGGCCACACGGUUGGGAGCUCCAACACCACCCAGUCCUUUCCUGUGAAGCUCCACUCCUCGCCACCAGUGGUUCGUCCAAGGCCCAAGAGUGCUGAACCCCCUCGAUCACCUCUUCUCAAACGGGUGCAGUCAGCAGAGAAGCUGGGCUCGCCUCUGACCCAGUCCAGCUCUACAGGGGGGCUGGGGGGUCCGCUGAGGAAGCACAGCCUGGAGGUGCAGCACUCUGAGUACCGUAAGGAUGCCUUCCUCUGUGAGCUUGGCCUCCAGAGCCUGCUGGAGACAGAGGGGGAAAAUUUGCCUCCUCGUCCUCCACCCCUGCCUUCAUCCUCUACAAGUCCAGAGACCGGUGUCCUGAAGCCUGUGAGGAGACUAGGGAGACAGGAGUCACCGCUCAGCAGGGAAACACUGCUGGCUGGGAGGGAUAGGGAAGAGAGGGAGAGAGGAAGAGAAAGGGAAAGGGAGAAAGACAGGGAGACUGAUACCGGGACAGUCCUUGAGAGAUUGGGUCGGCUUGGAGGAACAUCAUCCCAGUCACCGUUAACAAGAAAACCUCACACAAGCGAUCUGUCAUUUAGCCCGCAGGCAGGCCAGAGCUCCAGACUAAAUGCAGAAACCACAAAAACUACAACUUCCAGCACUCCUACCAAAACAACAGGAAGUUUAAGUGGUUAUAAGGGACCUGAAAAGAUUCCGUCAGACUUGAAUUCAAAACAGCAAGACCACCAGGCAUCCAAAAGUUUCUCAUCUUACAGUAAAGAUCCCCAGGAGCAGCUAUGGGGCAGAACUGAACCAAAGCAGGAAGGAGAUAACAGAAGCAGGCCUGGUCCGCUUAGUUCUGCCUUCAAUAAGAGCUCUGCUUCGACUCCAGAUAAAUCAAUCUCCUUUAACACAGUGAAAGCAGGCCCUCUCAGCAUGAACAAAACCUUUAAACAAUCAGGUAUGGGAGACAGCCUGAGAAAGACUGGAGCAGAGAGCAUUGACUCAAGGACUCCAGACUUCAGCUCCAAAAGCCCCAAACUCCCAGCUCGCGUUCUCGCUCCAGUCGUCCCCCCACAUGCGCAGCCGCUCUCGCUGGGCAAAGUGAGGCAGGGACUUGGGCCUGUCAACUGCUACAGGGGGACCCUAGACUGGGAGGACAAAUGUCGUCUGGAGGUGGUGGAGGAGCAUUCGCCUUCCCCCUCUCCUUCCCCGACUUCUGUCGCUCCCUCCCUCUGCGGACCUUCCCUCUGUAAGUCCCGGCCUGUCUCCCCCGGUGAAAAGACAAGCUUCGUCAGCCAGCUGACCACUGUGGCCAAAAACGUCCUGGGGCCAAUUAAGCUUGGCUCCCAGGAAUCGUCGAAGGGCAAAGACCUGCAGAGUAAGGCAGCAGAGGAGAGGCAGGGAGGCUCAGCAGGAAAGUCUGACACUACGGCUGGAGGUCGAGUGGCUGUUGGGGCUGCAGUGGUGACCCGGGGUCCAGCUGGUUCACCACUAGAGAGGGCUGCAACAGGUAGCAGCCAGUCCAAAAUGUGACCACAUGCAUUUUUUAAUAAAAUUAAUUAAAAAAUGCCUUUUUUUUUGGAAGAACAAUGUAAUAGAAGUCAAUCACUUAAAAACAAUGUACAUUCCAGUGUCAGAGUAUAUAAAAUGUUAUUUAUUGAUUCCAAUCAUUGACUGAUUCUAACUUAAAACCAGGAGAAAAAGAAUCUACUGUUAAGGUCGUUAUCUGUUGAUUUUCUAUUUUAAAGUAUUAAUAAGAAGACUCUUAAUGUAAUGUGGAACACUUUAUCAGAUGUAUAUGUGUGUGGGGUAUAUGUGAAUGCAUGUCCUAUGGUAUGUACUGUACAUCUAUUAAAGGUACAAGAAGGUCAAAAAGUGCUUUACCGAUCAAAACAUGCUGAAAACUGUGAAUACCAAAUCCAGUCACUCUACUGUAUGUGUGUCUUUCAAGCUGCCCUUUUUCAAUAUACUGCUUUUCAAAUAGGACAACGAUGAACUGCAUCACAGUCAAAUUGUAAUUUUGCAUCAAGCAACGAAAAGACACAAAGCCUCAGUUUGGCUACAGUGGGGUAAGCAGGCAACUACAUGAUAAAGCUCGUUUCUUCUUCAUCCAGCUGUUUACUCAGUUACUGUGCACGGUCAGACAAAUCCAGAGCCGGCCCACUGUCACUGGAUGUCACGUCAAGCACUGUCUAGCUCUGUCUUUCGCGUGGGAUUGUGUAUUUGUGUGUGUGUGUGUGUGUGUGUGUGUGUGUGUGUGUGUGUGUGUGUGUGUGUGUGUGUGUGUGUGUGUGUGUGUGUGUGUGUGUGUGUGUGUGUGUGUGUGAAGCCACCUUGGGUCUAUUUCUGGUGGUUCUUGGAGGCUGUGUCCUUCUGCAGAGGAAAGCGUGUUUGACAGAGCUCAGGCUCAGUGCUUAUCUCCCCUUUGCAGGAGGGCUACCACAGCUCUUUUCUCCCCAUGCCUCUGACUGCA